AAAAAUGUAAGACCUUGAACGAAGGGCAUUGUAGGAAUACCAAGAGAAUUUUCCUUCCUACUAAUAGCACAAAUUCCCCCAAAGUACCGAUGGUCGACGGCUACUUUUCAAUAUUUCAUCGAAUUCGUAACGCUUAAUUCUUCGUAAACUUUCGCAAGAUCAAGGUAUUAAAUGGCCGAAGCAAAGAGGAAGCCAGUUUUUACCAAAGUUGGGGAGCUACGACCUGGUACCAGUGGCCACAAUGUCACUGUCAACGUUGUUGAUUCAAAGUUGGUUAUGCAGAGAGGGAGGAAUGAUGGACCUCAAGUGCGCCAAAUGAAAAUUGCAGAAUGUUUGGUCGGAGAUGAGACCGGAAUGAUCAUCUUUACAGCCAGAAACGAUCAAGUGGACAAGAUGCAAGCCGGUGCCACAGUAACCCUGCGCAACGCAAAGAUCGACAUGUUCAAGGGUUCCAUGAGGCUUGCAGUGGACAAGUGGGGACUCGUUGAAGUCGCAGCAGAGCCUGCAAAUUUCACUGUCAAGGAAGAUAACAACCUGUCACUUAUCGAGUAUGAACUUGUGACUGUUGUCGACGGAUGAAACGGCAGUUGAAGCAACUUAAUUAAAAUCCUCCAAAAAGUUAGAACCUGAUGAAAUAAAUGAAGAAUCAAACAAAAAACGUGAAGUUUAUGUAAUUGUCUCCUGGGCAUAUAGUCUUCCAAUCUGCUCGUGAAACUCUUCCUUCCUUGAGGCUUCAAAUUACUACUAAAAGGCGAACCAUUCGGCUGCAUGUGAAGGCAGCUUGAUGGAUUUUGUACCCUUAAAGAUGGUAUUGUGCUGCUGCUGGCUGUUAGAAACUUGGUUUGUUCUUCUAAUUCUCUUAUUUACUUAAUAGUAUUGAAACACAAAACUUGGUUUUAUCUCAAAUAUAAUUUGCGUGAAAUAUAAUAUGAACACAAUGCUCUAAAUAUCCUUUCUCAUGUAA